AUGACGCUGUCCACUCUGACCAGGAGCUCCCGCUCCAGACGGCCCACAGUGGACCCAACACCCGACGGCAACAAGGAAACGGCAGGUGACAGGCUGGUCUGUGAGCCUCGGCCAGCGUGCCGUUCCCACCCGAGCCGGAUUCCUGCAGGUCACGCGCAGCACCUGGACAGCCUGCCGGAGGGCAGCAUCAGCGCCUUCGGAGGCAGGUUCUUCUUCAAAUGCACUCCCCCCGACGCCACCUCCCGUGUCAGUCCCCUGUCAGCCACCGGCGUCUCUGCUUGCUCUUCACCUCGCGCCGUCUGGUCCCCCCCAGGAGGCGGCCCGCACUGCGCCCUGACGUCGAGGGAAGGCUUCCCGGAGGAGGACGAGGCCCCGGAGACGCUGAGCCAGGCGGAGAGGAUGGGUUCCAUAAGGGAGCCUCUCGUGUUUCUCAGGGUCCGUCCUUUCGUCCCUGAGAAAUUCGGGAACUGUGGCGAGGAAGGCAGGCAUGGCUUGUCCCCAACGUCCUUCGAGCCAUUAAAGGAUGAAGAGGGUGCCUCCCUCCCGCUCAUCCUCCCAGCCGAGCACGAAGGGUCCUCCCCUGACACCCAAGAGCCCUGGUUGGCGCAGAAGUUUCGACCCCGGGGUACAGGCACGGAACGGAGGCUGGCGUUUCCGUCUUCCUCCUUCAAGCCACGCUCAGCUCCCUGCCGUCUCCUCCCUCAUCCAGCCCACCGAGCUCGACACCUCGGAUCCGAGCCCAAGCCCAUCCGGGGCCGGGAACGGGGGCGCCUGCUGUGUGUCCAGCCAGAGGCCGUCCGCUGGGACCCCCAGUUCAUGAUCAAGGCUCCAGGCCCGGUGACCAGGACCAUUCGGAGCCUUCCCACCGGCCAGGUCUCGGCGUGUUUCCUUCUUCGCAUCGAGUGUACAGUUAUCGAUUGGGUGCGGCUACUUGCACUCAGUGGAGAUCCGAACAAGGUGAGCCUGCUGUCAGCCUUCAUCGCUCCCUUCAAGCACGUGAGCCCCGGGGCCGCCCACGCGGAGGACGAAGACAAUCUCAGUACCAGCAGCGCAGACGUGAAGGAAAACCGUAACGUCAGCAACCUGGAGACCAGGCCGCUGCCUGCGGGCAACAGGGCCAGGGGCGGCGGCGCCGGCCUGAAGAGGAAGAGGCCCCUGGAGGAGGGCACCGGUGGCCGCCUCUGCCAGCUGCAGCUCGUGCUGAGGAAGCUGUCGUGGUCCGUGGCGCCCAAGAACGCGCUGGUGCAGCUGCACGAGCUGCGGCCGGGCCUGCAGUACCGCACGGUGUCCCAGACCGGCCCGGUGCAUGCGCCCGUCUUCGCCGUGGCCGUGGACGUGAACGGGCUCACCUUCGAGGGCACCGGGCCCACCAAGAAGAAGGCCAAGAUGCGGGCGGCUGAGCUGGCCCUCCGGUCCUUCGUGCAGUUCCCCAACGCCUGCCAGGCCCACCUGGCCCUGGGUGGCAGCGGCGGCCCGGCCCCCGACUUCACCUCCGACCAGGCCGACUUCCCCGACACGCUGUUCCAGCAGUUCGAGCCGGGGGCGCCCAGCGAAGCCUUCCCAGGCCGCUGCCCCGCCGGCCCCGAGCGCCUGUCCGCGGCCUGCCGGCGGGGACGGCUGCUGUGCGGGGCGCUGGACCUGGCGGGCCCGGCGGCCGCGGGCGACAGGAACCCAGUGGUGCUGCUGAACGAGCUUCGCUCGGGGCUGCGCUACGUGUGCCUCUCGGAGCCCGAGAAGCAGCGUCCCAAGAGCUUCGUCAUGGCCGUGAGCGUGGAUGGGAGGACGUUCGAAGGCUCGGGACGGAGCAAGAAGCUGGCCAAGGGCCAGGCCGCGCAGGCCGCCCUCCAGGCCCUCUUCGACAUCCGGCUGCCCGGCCAGGUCCCCAGCAGGAGUAGAAGCCACCUCUUGCCCCAGGAAUUCGCCGACUCGGUGUCCCAGCUGGUCACGCAGAAGUUCCGCGAGCUGACUGUGGGCCUGGCGUCAGCGCACGCCCGCCACAAGGCGCUGGCAGGGAUCGUCAUGACCCAAGGUCUGGACACCAGGCAGGCCCAGGUGGUCGUGCUGUCCUCGGGGACCAAGUGCAUCAGUGGCGAACACCUCAACGACCGGGGGCUGGUGGUCAACGAUGGCCACGCGGAGGUCCUGGCUAGGCGGGCGCUGCUCCACUUCCUGUACACGCAGCUGGAGCUGCACCUGAGCAAGCGGCGGGAGGACGGCGAGCGCUCCAUCUUCGUGCGGCUGAAGGAGGGCGGCUACCGGCUGAGGGACAACGUCCUGUUCCACCUCUACGUGAGCGCAUCCCCCUGCGGAGACGCGCGGCUCAACUCGCCCCACGAGCUCACCGCCGACCUGACCAGCAGCAAGCACCUGGCCAGGAAGUUCCGGGGGCACCUGCGCACGAAGAUCGAGUCUGGAGAAGGGACGGUGCCAGUGCGGGGCCCAGGCGCGGUGCAGACGUGGGACGGCGUCCUGCUGGGCGAGCAGCUGGUCACCAUGUCCUGCACGGACAAGAUCGCCAGGUGGAACGUGCUGGGCCUGCAGGGGGCGCUGCUCUGCCACUUCAUCGAGCCCGUGUACCUGCACAGCAUCGUGGUCGGGAGCCUGCGCCACACCGGCCACCUCUCCCGGGUGAUGAGCCGCAGGACGGAGGACGUCGGCCAGCUGCCUGCCUCGUACCGGCACAACCGGCCCCUCCUCAGCGGAGUGAGUCAGGCCGAGGCACGCCAGCCUGGGAAGUCACCCCACUUCAGCAUGAACUGGGUGGUGGGCUCCGCGGACGUGGAGGUCAUUGAUGCCACCACUGGGAAGCGGAGCUGCGGCCGCUCCUCCCGGCUAUGCAAGCACAGGCUCUCUGCCUGGUGGGCACGGCUCCACGGCAAGCUGAGCGCACGGAUCCCAAGCCAUGGAGACGCGCCCUCCCUGUACUGCGAGGCCAAGCUGGGGGCCCGCACCUACCAGUCGGUCAAACAGCAGCUGUUCCGAGCGUUUCAGAAGGCGGGUCUGGGCACCUGGGUGAGGAAGCCGCCGGAGCAAGAGCAGUUUCUACUGACUCUGUGAGACCCUGGACCCAGGCUCCGCGCGGGCGAGCGAGGCCGUGCCAGCGUGUGGUGGGCCGUGGGGCACGGAUUGGGCUGUGCGAGCGUUUUCCUUUGGUGUUGCAGAAAUAACGCGUGUCCAGGGCUCGGCUGAGUGAGGGAUGUGCUGCUUCUCAGGUGGCUCACAGGCCACGAGGACCAGGCGCCCACCCCACCCACCCGAGGGCACAGAGGGUCUUCUCCUCCGUGCGUCCCAGGGCGAGUUUCCAUUCAAGCUGGAGGGGCUGCGUGGCCGCCUCGAAACGUGGUGCCAAGGUGCUGCCGUGAGAAGAAACCAGGCCCAACCCGCUCCCCUCCCGCCACACGCCUACCAAGUGCAGGGCUCCCGCACAAGCGUGUACGGACAAGCCACAGUGAAGGGAAAAGCCAUGGGCUCCUCCCCAAAGAAGCCGGUGAGGACGCGUGACCAUGUUCACUGCUCUUUGAGUUUUUACUCCACCUCCUUCCAGAAGGAUUUGGGAUGCGAUGCAUGACAUUAAAGAAUCCUACAGCGGGAAGGGAGAAGGAGGCUGAAGCCCCCGGGCCUGGGGCGGGAAGAAACCACCUCUGGACCCUGGAGGGUCACGAGGUCAGCCCCGGCCCCGGAGCUCCCUGCUGGACAUGCUGCUUCUCUGGCAGACGAUGACCCAACCGUGAACACGGUCUAAGCUCAUAGGGUCCCCCGGGGAAAUCAGGAGACUGAGCCCCUAGACCAAGUCCUCCCUUUUAACUGAGUUCUCGAAAGAAACACAGAAACUCAGCCUCCCUGGCAGCCAAGGAGCCUCCAGAGCCCCCCCACCCCCAACCCUGCACAACACAGAAAAUCCACAGAAAGCAACUGCAAGAGUGCAAGCAGCAGGAUUCUGCCACCUUCAGAUCCCCAGCGCAGAGCAGGGCACGGGCGUCUCAGGGUGAGGGCAGGCCCCUGAGGCCAUUCAUGCAGCCUCUGUAAUGUCCCCAGGGUCAUACAACUUGAAUUGUUUCACCUCUGAGAACUCACUUCUGCGCGCCCCCCCCCUCCCCCCACGAUUAGGAACGGGACCUCAGAGCUCCUAGCUCGGGGCAAGGGUGAAACAAAAGGACUGUAGGUGUCUGUUACAAAAGAACAGGAAACAGAGAUACUAACUGUGGAGAGAGAAACUUUUCCCAGGGUUUAAUAUAAGGUCAAACUUAUCACCCAAGUUCUUUGAGAAAACAGGCGCAGUGGCAGACAACCUCAGGGUAGAGCUUUGAGUCUGAAACUGGUAAAGCUUGAAAAUGCUUUUGCAAAAAGAUGACCCCUCUUAAUCUUUCAUAAAAAACUGAGGAAAUAAAAUCUUAAUUCCGUACAAAAGCUAGGAUCAAAAGUUCAGUUUAUGUUAGUUUCUGAUCAUCUGACGUGUCCCUAGGACGACGUUCAGAGAAGCAAAGGCCUGGAGGCUGGUGGUGCCUGGUGUGUCCACCCUCUGGACGCUGGUCUCUGAAAGCCGGAGGCACCGUGGCGUCCUGCCUGGAGGGGAGCCGGAAGCCCAGCUCACAGCGCCCUGAGCUGCCGCCGUGUCCAUGUGCUCAGGGACCAGCUCCUCCCGCAGCGAGGCGGCAGGAGAGACGUGGGCUGGACCGACCGCACAUGGGCCCCAUGCGCCCAGCCCUCAGGACCUGCUCUGGGGGCUCGGAUGGCGCCCACCCACCCACGGGGUCUGGGCCAAGGCUACUUGUUCACUCUGGUCUGAGGCGCCGGCUCCAGGAACCACCCAAACACCCUCUACCUAAGCGUCUGCUCUGCAGAAAGCCGCACCCUAACGCCCCCCCGCCCCGACCCAUGAGCACCACGUGGGGACCCGUCUGUGGGGUCAGGGGGUGCUUCUCAGGAGAGAGGGGGCUCUGCGGGAGGCCUGUGGGAGAGGAGAUUGCCCAGUGCAGCGGGCUGGCGUCCAGGGCCUAGAGCUUUGCCAGAGGCGCUGGGGCGAGCGAGCGAGCCGGGAACAGACACGGAGCCGCAGAGGAGAGACCCCGGCUGCAGACGCAGAGGGCGGAGAUCCCGCCGGGAGCAGGGCUGGGUUGGCCAGAGCCUGAGAGGGGCUCCAGUGGGUACUUGGCGCAGCUGGUGGGCUUGGCUCGGGUUGGCCCAGGGGCAGGUGCAUCGCACGCUGUUCCCAAGGUCCCCGGGGGCCACCCCACGGAGUCAGCGCCACCCGCAUCCUCUAAGUAGGAAAAGCGGGUGAACCAGCACCCAGAGGAGCCUGCGCCCCUGCACCUGCCUCUGUGAAGAGGACAACUGCUUGAGUCGCCCUGACAGGACAGGGUCAACGAGAGGGAGGCUGGCGGCCGCAUCGCCUCAAAGCAGCCCUCCUGUCCCCCUGCUCCGCGUUCACACCCACCCUCCCGCACACCCACCCUGGGCAGAGAGCCGGCCAGAUCCCGUGCACAGCCCCUCUGCCUCCUCCCGGGUGCGCGCCACUUCCCCCCCGGGGGAGGGGGAGCCAGUUAAGGUCCCCUGGGCAGCUGUCCGCGGAAAAGCCCCCACGGGACGGGCCACCAAGGGUCUGGAGUGGCCCGCCCCCAGCACGUGGACUCCAGCGAUGUGUGGACGCAAAGCUACGGGCUUGUGUUCGCCAAGCAAAGGGCCUGCGGGUCUUGCUGCUUUUGUUCCUCUGGCUCCGCCUGCCCCUCCCACCGCUGCCCUGCGUCCCGUCCCUCAGAGCCCUGUCCCUCAGAGCCGUCACCUUGUGUUACUGUUCAAGCAGACACAGCAUUUCUUUUUCAAAGGAAUCUAUUCUUACCAAUAAAGUUAAAUGCUUUCUUUUCUUUUUGGUAGAGUGUUUAUCACGUCUGGAGAGCCAUAAACAGCAAACACAUGGUAUAUCAAUGCCCAGAAUAGAAUAGAGUAUUUUGAUGAAAUCCUAUUUUUAGAUUAAAAAUUUCAAGAUGUGUCUAUAGUACCUUGUUUAAAAAAAUUAAAAAGACAUU